AUGGAGAGUAAUAAACCUACACUUCAUUAUAUGCAGAACUCGGCAUCUCAGCAGAGUCUGUGGUUGCUCGAGGAACUAGGGAUAGAAUAUGACCUAGUUCUACACACUCGCGAAGGUGGCCGGGCCGCACCGGCUCUCAAAAACACACAUCCCCUCGGGAAGGCGCCGCAAUUGGUGACGGGCUCAGGUCGCGUCAUUGCGGAGCGAAGCGCAAUCGCUUAUUACCUGAUUGAAACCUACGACCAUGCCGGGCGGUUCAAAGUCCCUGCAUCUGGUAGUCCCGGUCACGAUAGCGUCAACAACGAUAAGAUCCGCGAAGAACAACUCCUCUCAGUAGGCCAGACCACGCUUAACCAAUUCUUCAGCAUUAAGAGCAUCUUUGGCGGCUUUGCGUACGCGACGCCGUUUUUCGUCCGGCCACUGAUUUUAGGGCUCAAAUUGGCGCUGGAAAAAGCAUUUAUUGAUGGUGAAAUCGACAAUGCUUUGAAGUUCCUAGAUAGCGAGCUCGAGGGUCGUCAAUAUUUCAACGGUACUACGGAGUUAACUAGGAUUGAUUUCAUUCUGCAGUGGUACGUGGAUUUUGGGGUUAGAGGGGGUUCCGACGUCGAUAUCAGUAAAUAUCCAAAUUUGAAGGGAUGGUAUGAGAGGUGCAUGUCACGCGACGCGUGGAAGAGGGCGUUAGAGAAGGGGAAUGGUUAUGAUUUAACAUUCUGGAAGAAAUGA